AAACUGUAUAAUAUAUAUUCACACUUUUUGUUGUUGUCCAUUGUUAUUUUUAUUGUUAGUAGAAAUAAAGAAAAUGGAUUAUUUGUCUCGAGGUUUCAAGUCAGUUUUAGGAGGCCAGGCUGAUGGAAGUACUGAAGGGCCAUCUGGUGCAGAAACUGUUGAUCGCUUAUGUGAUCGUGUAUCAUCGGCAACUUUGUUGGAUGACAGACGGGAUGCAGUUCGUGCUUUGAAGUCUCUCUCAAAGAAAUUUCGCCUAGAGGUUGGAACUUCUGCAAUGAAUGUAUUGACUGGUGUGCUGCAAAAAGAUAGAACUGAUGCAGAAAUAUGUGGCUUAGCAUUGGAAGCAUUAGUUAAUGUGAUGACUGUUGAGGAGGCUGGUGGUGAAAACGGUACGCAAUUAACAGAUGCUGAUCUAGCUGUUCAAUUUUCCGAAAUCUUUUUAAAGGAUCCUGAAAAUGUUACAAUAUUACUGACGCUUCUUGAGGAGUACGAUUUUAGAGUUCGGUGGCCUACAGUUCGAUUAUUAACAGCAUUGCUGCAUAAUAGAGCAAUGCAAAUUCAGCAAUGUGUGUUAGUAAGUCCAUUGGGCGUCUCCAGACUGAUGGAUUUAUUAUCAGACAGCCGAGAAGUUAUUCGCAAUGAUGGACUUUUGCUUCUCAUUCAACUAACAAAAGGAAAUGCGGCUAUUCAGAAAAUUGUGGCAUUUGAGAAUGCCUUCGAUCGUUUACUAGAGGUCAUUAGUGAGGAAGGUUUUAGUGAUGGCGGUAUUGUUGUGGAGGAUUGUUUAUUGCUGAUGUCUAAUUUAUUCAAUGCUUCAAACAUUAACUUUUUUCGUGAAGGAAGUUAUAUUCAACGUUUAGUGCCGUUCUUUGAUUUCACAGAAUAUACAACAGCUGGACGAAGUUGGAAUGAGCCUAAAGUUAAGAAUGUAUUACUAAUGUUAAAGCUCAUUCGAAGCUUGGUUUCACCCAGUAAUCCACCACAAUCUACUCAAAGCUCUCAGAAGAUAAUUCACAAUUGCAACCUGCUGAAAAUUUUAUGCGAUAUACUCAUGACAACUGGCAUACCAGCUGAAAUAUUAACCGAGACAAUAAAUACUGUUGCAGAAAUUAUUCGUGGUAACCAAACAAAUCAAGCUUUCUUUUCAGUCGUAGAUGCACCGUACAACCCACCAAAGCCCGCAAUUGUUGUUUUGCUCAUGUCGAUGAUCAGUGAUAAACAACCUUUUCCACUCAGAUGUGCAGUUCUCUACUGUUUUCAGUGUUAUUUAUACAAAAAUUCGACCGGUCAAUCGAGGAUAAUAUCAACUUUACUUCCAUCUUCUGCGGAAGCAAGUAAUGUUACAGCGGGUCAACUUUUAUGUGGUGGAUUAUUCAGCUCUGAUUCUUUUUCCAACUGGUGUGCAGCCACAUCAUUGUCUCAUGCAUUGCUUGGUAAUAAAGAACUGAAAGAACAGUUAUUAAGAGUGCAGCUCGCUACAGGUGUGGGAAAUCAACCAGUAUCAUUGUUGCAACAGUGUUCUAAUAUUUUAUCAAAUGGUGGUUCAUCAGUUCAAACAAAAGCUGCAGUUUUAUCUCUUAUGUGCAACUGGUUAUCAAAUUGUCAUGUUGCAGUGUCUCACUUUCUAAGCAACGGUGCUAUUAUUCCUUUUCUUCUUGCUUGUGUUGAGCAACCAUGUGAGGUGCACGAAGCUGCAAUACAAGGCAUGUCUGCCAUAUUAAUUGGUGUGUGCAUCGUGUACAACAACAAUGAUGUGGAGUCGUUUACCGUUGAAUCGAUAAAACGACUGAUCACUACAAGAAUUGAUCCUGAACACUUUGUAGCAAAAAUAAACGACGUCUCAAAAACCGAACCCUUCACUAAUGCAGCCAAACAUACACAGAUCCUAGAGAAAGAUGUAGAAGAUAUUUUAUUUGAUCACGAGUUCACCAAACAAUUUAAAAAGUUAGAAGUGAGCAUAGCAAAAGUUUUAUUUGAUGAUGACGAAGAUGGUGUAAGCGAAAAGUCGAAAUCUUUGCAAUCGAACGAUGCUGUACUUGCGUCUUACAAAGAAUUGAUCAGAGAACAGGAUGAAGAAUUAACAAAGUUAAGAUCAAAGUGUACUGAAUUAGAAAUAACAUAUGCACAAGCGUUGCGAGAAUUAGAAAAACAGGCAAUCGAGUUGGUUCAAAUGAGAAAUCAAGUUGGUCUUAUGAAAGAACAUCAACCUGAUGAUAAACAUGAAUAUUUUCGAUCUCAACUGAAUGCACUGAAUGAACAAAUCAGACAAAAAGAUCAACAGAUACAUGUCUUGCAAUCCGGGACAGCGCCAAAUCAUGUUCUAGAUACACCAAAUAUAAGCCAAGUUGAAAUAGAUGAAAUAAAAACGAAAUUAGAACAAAGAGAAGCAGAAAAUAAAGAGCUUUUAUCGCAACUUGAAAAAACGCAAAACAGUCUGUCAGUGACACAAGCAUCUUUAGAAGUUAUCACGGCUCACAAAACUUUACAAGAAGAUGGGCACUCCACAGCUUUAUCGGAAGAAGAACAUAUCGAAUUAGAAAAUUUAAGGAUACAAAUUAUUGGUGUGCAAAAAGAAAAUGAAAAACUGAAAAAUAAUCAGGUAUCUCCAUCGCAGGGUUCCUUGAUAACAAGUUUGCAAGCAAAACUCACUUUAAAAACGAAUGAAUACACACAACAAAAACAGGAUUAUGAAGAUCUGCUGGUUUUGUUAGAAGAUCAGGAUGCAAAAAUUAAGAAGUUUAAGAAUCGAUUGCGACUGCUUGGCGAUGUCGUAAACGACGAUUCGACUGACGACGAUUCAGAAGACGAAACAAAUUAUGACGAAGAGAAAAUCGCUAAUACGCCAGAUAAUGCUAUCGUGCCCGGUGAAGAAGAGGAAAUAAAUAAAUUUUUAACUAGCGCUGUCUCAAAUAUAGAAUUAAAUCAACCAAAUAUCGAACCAACUCAGACAAUCUAGGUUUUGACGUCAACCCAGAGGAACCAAAACACAAUGUUUGUUUUGGAACAGUUAUUUACGUUACGAA